GUUAAUUGUCAGUCAGAAAGUUUUAAGCUAUUUUCGGAAGUUCAAAUCAAAUUUCAUUAGUUACAUAAGAUAUGGAAAAGAAAUUUCACUACACAAGACUCAAGAAUUCCAUACAGAAAGCCACCACACAAAGCAACGACUAUUGCAACUCUCUAGAGGAGCAACACAACAACGAGCAGCAAUCGGAGCAGAAAAAAGUAACUGCUGACUUGGCUGUCGUUCCAUCCAAACAUCAAGUGACUAAGGAUAUAACAAAAGGCAAACAGAAACCGAAACCGAAACCGAAGCCGAAACGCAUUCUGCAAGGAUUGGCGAUAGAGUAUCACAAGUUGGUGCGCGACAUCAAGUAUCAUUUGCCCGAUUCGCAUUUACCCAACUCUGGAGUGCGAUUAGCAGCAGAAGCAAGCCAAAGAAUAUCGGCGUACAGACAGCUGGGCGGAGAAGAGAACGAGUUAAAGAAGGAGGAGGAGGAGAAGGACACAAGCCAGGUGGAGAUUUGUUUUGUUCAGCUCUUUCGACAGCGAAUGUACUACGAAGAAUUGGGCAUUCCAUUGACACCACUCGAGCUCAUCUACAUGACUGACUGUGAUCGUGAGUGGCGGCGACGUGAACAGGCCAAGAAAUCAAUGAUGGAUCAGGAUCAACAGCAGCAGCAGCAGCAUCAGUAUCGGAAACUCGAUCGUGGCGAUGGCGAUGGCGAUGGAGAAGAAUACGCUUCAAAGUCGCAGAUGAGUGAGGCCAAAGAGAGUAAGGAGUUGGAGCACUUCAACAACGAAUGUAUUUGGUGCAGGGCUGUGCAACGACAACAGGAAACAGAGUUGCCAUCUCCAUCUCCACCUCCUGCAGAUCAUCAGUUCGCUUAUAGUCAACGCUGCGAGUCCACUUCAAAAGCAGAGCGACACGAGAAGCAUGUGAAGUGCCAUGAACUGCGACGCACACAGAAAUACAUGAAUUUGCCGGAGCAAGUUGUGGCGCAAAUGCGAUCGCAACAAGCUUACGGAAAUGAGAUGAAAAUGUUGCUGGCACCGUGGACAACGCGAAUGCAAGACGAUCGCGAUGUGGUUGUUGCGAUGCGUGGUCAGCAGGAGCAGCAGCAGCCAACGAAUGUGGAGAGCAGCGAUUCGUUGGCUGAAUUCAGUACGGAAAGCGAGUCGAGUUGUUGCUCAAUCACAAGUGAGAUGAGUGCGUCAUCAUCGAUCGAUGAGUUGAGCGAAGUGUGGUACAAUCCGUAUGCCUAUCAGCAGGUGACAGUGGAGAAUCGUAGUUCGCUCUUUGGCGAAUUCAAAUCGAUAGAUGCCCAGCAAACGGGACACAAAGGUGCCCAAGUUGUGGAUGCUCGCACAGCUGAGUUGGCGCUGCAACGUGUCAAGUAUUUGGCCAAUCGAUACGAGUUGUUGCAGCCGGAGGAACGCACCAUUGAGUUGGCGCUACGUUUGCGGCAAUUGCGUUUCUUUCUGGAGAAAGCCAAGCACAAGUUCUACAAACACUUGAACAUUGUCGAAAGUCGCACAAAAGAUCGACAACAACAACUUCUAUACGAUUGCCCCAUGCAUGCGGCAGAGAAAUGUGCCAAGGUGAUGAAUGAAACGCUGUUGACGCAUUUCAUUGUCUCACAUUUGCAGGCACCAGGGCUGCGGCUUAAUGAGAUCUCUGAUCACAGCAAACAGCUGAUCAAGUUCAAGCCUGUGACAUUCUCACGCACCAGCAACAUUUGCAUGUCGAUUGCGCUACUCGAUGGCUUUCGGCACUCCGCAAUUCCAUCAACCAUUCACAACGAAGCUUUAAGCUUGUCCUAUCGCCAGUACGCCAGCUUUUUGCCAUUCUUUGUGAUGGCGCGACGCAUUUGGCUGCCAACUGAGUCCGUUGAGGAGGGCGAGAAUGCCAUGGCUCUGUGGAUUGUUAGCCUCGAUUUGGCUCAGUGUAUUUACGCUCAUCUCACCGUCUUCAAUCGCCGCCUCGAUGUCAGUCGGUGUGGCAUUGUCCGAGUGCGCGGACUGAGCUCAAAUCACAAGCCCGAAGAGUUUAUGGCGCAGAGCACAAACUAUUUGCGUCUCACCGCUCAGGAUUUGCGCGUGCUCACCAACAACUACAAAGAGUGCAUCUAUAUGGAAGUUUAUUUUCGCGAGUUCACUGAUUACGAGUAACAAAACUCGUUUUC